ACAUACUUUGCAUGAUGGAGGGAGAUCUAAAGGGUUGAUCGCAACAAAAAACUGGGGAAUUGGUGGUGUAUGACGUUUGGCGGGCGCGUAGGAACACGAUCCGGCUCAAAAGUGGGGUUCAAGGAAGUACGGGUACAAGCGCAAUAAAUUCAACCCUUGAAAUCGUGGCUCGUCGACUUUCCAGAAAGGCGACUGCUUUGACUCUUUAUAUACGCUUUCUCGCUAGAGCUUCGGUUUUUUUUUUGGAUGACCUUGGCUUGUCAGUUUCCCUUCUCACACGCUUCGGGAACAUUCGCAGCAAGCGUACCAAAGCAGAUAAUGGCAAUUUCUGGGGAUGGCGCGUUGGCUCGGGAUAGAGUCCGGAUAAGGCGGGGAAAAAGUGGAGAAAUCGGAUUCGCCUGUUUGAGCGGCAGCUGUCAGUCCACUGAUUUUCGUGCAUCGAGAAAACUGGAGAAUGGCAUGGAAGAAGGGAUUAUCAUUUGCCAGUCGCACUCACGGUCACUUGUCAGGUGGGGGAUCAGUCGAUUGGCGGAUAUCCUCAAGUGUUUGGGGAUGACCUUGUAGAUCUCGGAUAAAGGGUUGGUAAGCGGAUUGAAGAGGAUAGAAGAG